UCAUCACACACACAACACACAGCGAAGCAACUCCAGCCACCUUCACCUCCUCCUCCUCCUCCAAGAAUCAAGCUCACAGCUAAAAAAAGGGGAUAGAGGUAGAGAGGGUGAGAGAAGAGGGAGAGGUUGAGUUGAAGAAAUGUUUUUCAUUGAUAAAAAUGCAAUCAUUUUGCUGCUUCUCUCGUGCUUAUGCUGCAAAGUUUCGAGCUUGGGAUCAAUGUCGUCAGUCGCCAUAUCCUACGGAGAAAAUGGGCCAGUUUUCUGCGGCUUAAAAUCUGACGGCUCCCAUCUCGCCACGUGCUACGGCUCGAAUCCUUCAAUAAUUCAUGCAACGCCGGAUCACCUACAUUUCCUCGGCCUAACCGCCGGAAACGGCUUCGUCUGCGGUCUUUUAAUCGAUUCAAAUCAGCCCUUUUGCUGGGGGAACACGGCCUUCAUUCCAAUGGGGGUUUCUCUUCAGACUUCAAGAAAUGCAGAGUACAUUGAAAUCAGCGCAGGAGACCACCAUUUGUGCGGAUUGAGGAAGCCCUUGUUUGGGAAGAUGAGGAACACUUCUUUAGUUGAUUGUUGGGGCUAUAACAUGACAAAAAGUCACGAUUUUGAUGGGCAGAUCCAGUCGAUUUCAGCUGGCUCAGAGUUCAAUUGUGGCCUUUUUGCUCAGAAUAGGAGUGUUUUCUGCUGGGGUGAUCAGACUAGUAGCAAUGUGAUAGGAUUGGUUCCAAAAGCUUCUAUGUUUAGGACAAUUGCAGCUGGAGGGUUUCAUGUUUGUGGGAUUUUGGAAGGUGCGCAUUCGAGUGUUGAAUGUUGGGGUACAAGUUUGGAUAUUGAGGUGGAGAUUUCUACAUCUUCUUCUGUUAUGUAUGCAGGGCAGCUCAAUGUGGAUGCAGCGCCGGACGAUCCUAUGCUGUCUGUGGUUGGGGGGAAGUUUCAUGCUUGUGGGAUUAGGAGUUAUGAUAGGAGUGUGGUUUGCUGGGGUUAUGAGGUGGACAGGAGCACGCCGCCCCCAUUGGGGGUGAAGCUGUAUGAGAUAGCUGCAGGGGAUUACUUCAGUUGUGGGAUCAUAGCUGAGACGUCUCUACUGCCUGUUUGUUGGGGUGCUAACUUCCCCUCUGCUCUGCCUCUGGCUGUCUCUCCCGGGGUCUGCAAGGUGGGGGCGUGUGCUCCUGGCUACCACGAGUUCAACAAUGCCAGCGCGCCUUGCAGGUUCCAGGAUUCCCACAUUUGCGUCCCCUGCAGUGGGGAGUGUGAUGGUGAGAUGUAUGAGGAGGUUGGGUGCGGUGGGGAGGUGGAUAGGCAAUGUGGGUAUAAUUGCUCGAGCUGCAGCUCGAGUGAGUGUGUCAAGAAUUGCUCCAUGGUGGUUGGUGGUGGUGGGAUUAGGAGUGAGAAUCUUUGGUCUUUGCAGUUGCCUAUUAUUGUUGCAGAGAUUUGCUUUGCUGUGUUCUUAGUGAGUGUUGUGGCUUUGACCUCUGUUAUGUAUGUUAGGUAUAAGCUGAGGAACUGUAGAUGCUCUGUUGACUCCACAAAAGGCAGUGGCAGCUCUUUUAGGAAGGAGAGUGGCAAGAUUAGGCCAGAUUUGGAUGAGUUGAAGAUCAGGAGAGCUCAGAAGUUCACCUAUGAGGAGCUUGAGAAGGCCACGGAAGGGUUCAAGGACGAAUCCCUCGUGGGGAGGGGGAGCUUCUCGUGCGUGUUCAAAGGGGUGUUGAAGGAUGGCACCGUUGUUGCAGUGAAAAGGGCGAUUUUGUCCUCUGAUAUGAAGAAGAACUCGAAGGAGUUCCACACGGAGCUGGACUUGCUGUCACGUCUAAACCAUGCACAUUUACUCAAUCUGCUAGGCUAUUGUGAGGAGGCUGGUGAAAGGCUUCUUGUGUAUGAGUUCAUGGCUAAUGGCUCUUUGCAUCAGCACAUUCAUAGCAAGAAUAAGGAGACGAAGGAGCAAUUGGAUUGGGUGAGGCGUGUGACGAUUGCUGUCCAAGCAGCUCGAGGGAUUGAGUAUCUGCACGGCUAUGCUUGCCCUCCGGUGAUUCAUCGCGAUAUAAAGUCUUCAAACAUCCUCAUAGACGAGGAGCACAAUGCUCGUGUCGCUGAUUUCGGCCUCUCCUUGCUCGGGCCUGCAAACAGCAGCUCGCCACUGGCUGAGCUGCCUGCGGGGACAUUAGGAUAUCUUGAUCCCGAGUAUUAUAGGCUGCACUACCUCACAACAAAAUCGGAUGUGUAUAGCUUUGGUGUUUUGCUGUUGGAGAUCUUGAGUGGGAGGAAGGCCAUUGAUAUGCAGUAUGAGGAAGGGAAUGUAGUCGAGUGGGCCGUCCCUUUGAUCAAGAACAACGAUGUGGAGGCCGUUCUUGAUCAAUCAUUGAAGCCUCCAUCCGAUCUUGAAGCCCUGAAACGGAUUGCCAACAUUGCUAGUAAAUGUGUGAGGAUGAGAGGGAAGGAGAGGCCGUCUAUGGACAAGGUUACAACGGCUUUGGAGCGUGCACUUGCACAGCUGAUGGGCAGCCCAUGUAGCGAGCAGCCUAUACUCCCGACUGAAGUGGUGUUGGGGAGUAGUAGGAUGCAUAAGAAGUCGUCUCAGAGGUCGGGGAACCGGUCCACCUCAGAGACGGAUGGGGCAGACACCGAGGAUCAGAGGAUCGAGUUUAGGGCUCCAUCUUGGAUCACCUUCCCUAGCGUGGCUUCCUCACAGAGGAGGAAGUCAUCGGUCUCCGAGUCUGAUCUUGAAGCUGCUAAGAACAUUGAGGUGAGGAACACAGGGAAUGGGACCACAGUUGGGGACGCAUUGAGGAGUCUGGUGGAGGAGAUUGGCCCGGCCUCACCUCAAGAACACUUGUACUUGCAGCACAACUUCUAGCUCGCGUUGACUAGAAUUGGAUCAACGCACGUUUAAAAUGGCGUCUUGUUGCCAAUCAAUGACUAACAUGGAAUGGAAGUGAGUCUUGUAAAUUAGCUCUACCCUCUCAAGUAAGCAUGUUAUGUUUUUUCCAAAGCUUUUUGAGCUAAUGUCAAGACUCUUUACUUCCAAAUGGUAACCUUUUUAUGGUAAUGUGUAUGUAUGCAUCAAGAUUCAUUCAAUAUCUAUUGUGUCCACUUAUAUUCCCUGAUUGCACAAUACUAGUAGUAAAAAUCACUUGAUGUAUGCUUAGUCUUAAGGACUAGCUUGUUUCUAGACAUGACUUAGUAUCGAACCUUUUACAUCGUACAGCAGAAGGCCUGCCACGGUGCAGUGGAUCGACUAGCUUCAAAGAAUAGUUUACACAAGAUGUUAGACAACAUGUGAAUAAAUAAUUGCUUCAAUCCCUCAUUUAAGUUAUAUAUUGUCUAGUCCUAUUAGUUUAGACCAUCCAAAAACAGCAACAGACAAUUUAAGCAAAUUUUCAAGUUACAGAUCCCUAUAAAUUCCAAAAUACUUGGCAACAUCAUGUAGCUAAUAAAUCAAUAAUGAAUUCUUGUCUUUAUACUUUUUAAGGUUUGUUCUUGAUCACAAGACCACUUAUUUAUCACCUUGUUAGGCACCUCAUUUUCUCCAUGUUUACCAUCUUCGUUCUCGUGUAAAAGGUUCACCAGAAUCAUUUUAAGUUUGUUCAUUCGAAACCACUAUGGUGCUGUCAAAAUUUAAGGUUGAGAGCAUGGAAAGUUUAUUAUUCGUUUUGUUACCGGGUUUCUAUCUCCUUCUUGGAGCUACUGCUACUGCUACUGCCAAGACUACUAGUUUCUCGGAGGAAGGCCCUUCCUACGAUUAUUCUGCAAGUAUUGAGUGCAAAUCAGCACCAGAUAGUCCACUCUACAACGGUGGUGUCAUGAAGGAUCAGACUCUUGGAACGAGAGGGCACCGCCACUUCAAAAUCGCGAUGAAUUCCCCUGCCCUCACUUUGAGCAAUCUCACCGGCGAUACGAUCUAUGCCUUCUCCAGCUGGGUUAAGAUUUCUGGUGCAGAUUCGGCCGCGCUAAAGGCGACCCUAACGACCGAUAACACCACUUUUACUUGCGUGGGAACUGUGGUCGCGAGGAGUGCAUGCUGGUCAUUUCUCAAAGGCGGAUUCAGCCUCGACUCACCUUCCAACUACGCGUUCAUCUACUUUCAGAAUUCAGAUGAUUUCCAAUUGAAUGUAUCAGUUUCAAGUGCUUCUCUUCAGCCAUUUACUUAUCAGGAGUGGAAUGAAAACCAGCAAAAAAUGAUAACCACAGAGAGGAAACGCGCUGCCAUACUGCACGUAUCGGAUGUCGAUGGAACGAGGCUGCAGGGUGCCAGCGUCGCUGUAGAGCAAAUUUCUCGAGAUUUCCCAUUCGGAUCCGCCAUUGCAGAGACCAUCCUUGGGAAUUUGCCAUAUCAGAAUUGGUUUGUGGAACGAUUCAACGCUGCUGUGUUCGAAAACGAGCUGAAAUGGGCAGCAACGGAGCCUCGACAAGGAGAGGUGAACUACACGAUCCCGAACCAAAUGCUUGAAUUCACGCGCAGAAACCAGAUCACGGUGAGAGGGCACAACAUCUUCUGGGAGGACCCAAAAUACACGCCUCUGUGGGUUCGAAACCUACCAGCACCCGAGUUGAAAUCUGCAGUUAGCUCGCGGAUACAGAGCCUUGUCUCCAACUACAAGAACGAGUUUGUACACUGAGACGUCAACAAUGAGAUGCUCCACUGGGACUUCUACGAGCAGAGGCUCGGCCCCAACGCAAGCCUAGACUUCUUCUUGACGGUUCAGGAAUCGGACCCCCUUGCUCGCCUCUUCAUGAACGACUUCAACGUCCUUGAGACCUGCGAUGACACGAAAUCGACUGUCGAUAAUUAUGUCUCGAGGCUUCAAGAAUUCGGAGCAGCCGGGGUGGUAAUGGACGGAAUCGGACUCGAAGGGCAUUUCUCUGCUCCGAAUCCAGCCUUGAUCCACGCUGUGCUCGACAAACUAGCCCUCCUCGAUCUCCCCAUCUGGCUCACGGAGGUGGACAUCAGCAAGAAAUUCGAUCAACAAAUGCAGGCCAAAUAUUUAGAGGUUGUUUUGAGAGAAGUUUCUCAAACCCUUCUGUCAAUGGAAUUAUAUUGUGGUCUGCAUUGCAUCCCAAGGGAUGCUACCAAAUGUGCUUAACAGAUAACACUCUCAAGAACCUCCCGGCCGGAGAUGUCGUCGAUGCCCUCCUGAAGGAAUGGCGGACCAGCGCGAUCGAGGGCAAGAGCGAGGUCCAUGGUGCCUUCGGCUUCAUUGGCUUCCACGGCCAAUACCACGUCGCUGUCAGCUGGCAACAGAACCGCGCACACGACGCUGUCUCUCAGCCGCGGCGAUGAAACUAAACAUCAAAACAUUCAAUUGUAGAUUGAAUGUUGCAAUUAUAAUAAAGAAAAGGAAAAGUAACAUAAUUGAAAUAUUGUUCAUUAUAUAAUCUACUAUAGCAGACAUAACGUAGAAGCUAUGCUUGUGAUUGCGGCAAAGGGACCAACUUUGGUCGGACACAUUUUCCACA